AUUCAAUGGCGAAUAGACAAAAAAAGAUUUCUGCGUCCAAAAGAAGAUCAAGCAGUUUACAUUCACAUGUUGAAUAACAAUAGAUUCAGUAAGAAUCUGGAGUAGAGGUAAUAAUUCUUAAAAUUAAGCAAAUCAUUGAAAUCUAUAAGAAACCGGUUUUAUUUAGAAAGCCUCAUGAAACAAGAUUAUUAAUAAACUCAUUAAGGAAUAUUAAGUUUUUCAAAGAAUAAUUUAAUGAGCAUUAUGAAGGAAUGUUAGAAGAUGUUGCCGAAAAUGCUAAGUUACAUAUAUAUAGUAAAAAUGAGACAAUCAUAAAGCAGGAUACUUAUGGAGAUACCUUUUAUAUCAUAAUAAAAGGAUAAGCAAAAGUUGUGAAAAGAGUGGUUACGAAUGUUGGAUCAUAUAUUACAAAAAAAGGAAAAAAAAGAGAUAAAUACCAUGAAUAAAUAAAAGAAAUUAUGACUUUAAAUGAUGGUGACUAUUUUGGUGAAUUAGCAUUGUUAGUAAUUAUUUACUAUGUAAUUAAAGGAAAGAAAACCAAGAGGAGCAGAUGUUAUCUCAGUCACAGAUUCUUAUAUUUUAGGCUUAGAUAAGGAUUCAUUUGAUAGAAUAAUGGCUACUAAAACUAAAAGAUAAUUUUUGCAUCUACUUGACACUUUAAGUUGCAAUUCAAUUUUAAAAGAAAUAUCAAAAAAUACUGUCAAAGCAUUGUUUAUGAUUAUGGAGAGAAAAGUAUAUAAUUAUGGAGAUAUAAUUUAUAAAUACGGAGAAAAAGGAAGCAGUUUAUAUUUUAUAAUUGAAGGAGAAUUUAAAAUGGUGUUAAAUAUAUAUAAAAAUGAAGAGAGAUAAGAUAAUUAAGAUUUUAAACAAAUAGAGAGAGAAGCAGAAAUUUGUAUUUUAGGAAGAAAUGAAACUAUUGGGCUUGAGGAAUUUUUAGAUGAAGAAAAGAGAUAAUGGAAAGCUAUUUGUACAAGUUAAGUUGGAAUAGUAUAUAAACUGAAUAGAAUUGACUAUAAAAGAAUAGAGCAAAGAUAUCCUGACAUUGUUGAUGCUAUUUAAAAGAUCAGAGAUGAAAAGAAAAGCUAUUAUGAGGCGUGGAAGGACAAGCAUGCUAAUCCCAUAAAUGCUGGUACAUAAAAAUAAGAUUAAAAUGAGGACGAUGAAAAAUUCGAUUAUUAAAAGUAUGUUGAAAGGUCGAAGUAAUUAAAAUAAAUUAUAAUGAAUGACAAAGAAAUGUAAUUCAUAUCUAGAGAUUAAGUCACUAUUAAUGAUGACAUGGACAUUAUGUUGAGAUAUUGUCCUUAUUUUUAAUUAGGAGUAUUAUUUUCUUAACAUCUAGGAUAAAAAAGCAACUCCCUUUUUAGUAAACACAAUAGAAACCAUUUAAUAAAGAAGAGUUAAAAGUGCUAAUUAUAGACCUUUGUCAUCUGUGAAUUAAGUAGAAACAUAGAAACCUGUGAGACCAAAUUCUGGAAAAUUAUCCUCUCCAAGGAAGUUGGAUAUUGAAAAAAACAAAAUGAAAGUUGCUGAAUCCUAACCAACAAUUACAAUAAAUCAAUAAUUAACUACAUAACCAGAAGAUAAUAAACAGAAAUCAAUGUAAAAUUCUAGGGCAAUUAUAGUGUCUUCUCCAACUUAAGAAUAAGAGUCAUCAAAAAUAAUAAUAAAAAAAAAAGCAAGAACAUAUAAUGAUGUUAUACAAAAUAAAAUAAUUUUUUUUAUGAAACUUACACCAUAAAAAAUAGAGUAGAUGGCUAUCUAAUAAAGGAUAGAUAAAGAAGAAUUUAAAGUUAAAAAAUUAUACAUUACUAAUUACCCCCCGAAAACCACUGGCUAAAUGUUAAAUAGAAUAAAAUCAGCAGUAAAAUUACAAACUUAGAAUACCUCAACCUAUAGAACAAAAUAUGGUUAAAUAAGAAGAGGAAUAGCUAGUAGUGUUAAUUUGUUGAGUUCUGAUGACAAAAUUCCAGCAGGAGAAUGCUCAAGAAUACAUUCUACUAAAAACUCAACUGGACUUAAUUUUGAUACUUCUGCUCUUCCUUUAAAAUAUUAAGCAGAUAUGAUAGGAAAAUAAUUUUUAUAAAAAAAUAAAUCUAUAGCACCAACAUAGGCAUUUAAGGGAUUGAGCAAGUAAAAAUUUAAAUAAUUAUCCACGGAAUAUUGA